AGUCCAGAGCCUGAGACAGUGUGUGUGUGUGUGUGUGUGAGCACAUAGCAGUGCAGAGCUUACCCUCUUUACCCCAGUCAUCCUGAUCUGUUGUGGGGGGGGAAAAAUAUAUACCCCCCCCCACCCCCACCUUGCAUGUCAUUUGCCGUCUUGUCUGCCAGACGUCUGCAAACCUGGACAACACACAGACUGUCUCACUUUGAUGUUCUGAAAACAGCCAUGCAUUUGGCGGUAGAACUUCCUGACAGCAGCAUAACCCUCGGUGAGUCUGAUUAUUCAACAGACUGGUUUGAAAGUGAAGAUGAAGGAAGUGACAUAUUUUAUUCCGACAGCGAGAGUGAAAUAAAAUGUGAGCUGUCAUCGGUAAUGCACGGCUCCUUCGCGUACUCUCCCAGAGAUUUUGAAUCUCAAGAAAACCUUAAAACGAACAUCAAGGCGGCAGAGAGAAAUAACAACCGCGCGCUGCAGUUCCGUCAAUCAUCAGCAUCGGAUGCCACCGGUAUCCGUGUAUCCCCUGUCCCUGUGGCUAAAGAUCUUCCAGAAUGCGGUUCCACUUCCAGGAGUGACCUUUUGAUCAAAACACUGAGUAAUCAGACAUCCUUUCGGAGCAGUAUCAUGGCAUCAGUAACGAGUUCCAGUGACGUGUGCGAAGAUGCUACCAAUUGUCUUCCAGGACUCCGUGCAGUUGACAAUUCUUUUGCUAAAACAAUUGUGCCAAUUAAAAGGAAAAGAGAAAAGGGAGACUUAAACCUGGCAACAGAAGAGACCAAUACAUUAUCUGAAGGGGACAUCAUCUUUGCCGAAAAGUGUGGGGAACUUCAGGGCUUUAUUCCUCCUCUGAACUUGCUGCUGAAUGGCCUCAAGUCUGGAAGGUACAGAAAAGGUUUGACCAGUUUCCAGGAAAGUGUUGCCAUGGACAGAAUCCAGAGAAUUCUGGGAGUUCUGCAAAAUCCAAAUUUGGGUGAACAAUACACAGGGAUUUUGCUGCAGGUGGAGAGGAUGUUGAAGGGCUGGUUUCCCAAUGUUGCACUUGUUCCAGGCUGUAAAGUUUCUCUUAGUGAAGUAAUUCAUUGUAAAAGAUUGAAGAAAAACGACCAAACUGUGACAACUACACAUCUUUCUGCGCAUUGCCAUGAAAUUGUAAAGCAGAUAAAAAGAACUGAAAGUCCAGCUUUUGAAGAUGAAGGAUGGAUCACCAGUGGACUCUGUAAAAAUCCAGAUAAGGGAAUCUAUAAAAUACCCCAGAUCAACUCCAAAGGAAAAGUUAUUUCAAAGGAGCUUCAUGGAAAUCAGCUUCAAGAGAAAAACAAGCAAUUGUUGAUCAUCCUGUAAGUAUUUGUCUAGCCGCUGAUCAGGUGAAACCAGCUAACCAGAGUAGAAUUUACUUUUAUGCAGAAGGAACAUUUGCUGGCAGCCAUUCUUACAGAUGCAUGAGCAGGACCAAGCCAAAGGCAUCACCAUUAAUACCAAGGAAUGCUGGUUUAACACUAUCAUUACUGACCUAGUUUAUCACAGUUACUGGUUUGAACUACACAGCUUAAAGUACAUCACUUGUUUUGUGCUCAGAAAUGCAGUAAGUUGUGAAUAUGUAGUUUAGCAAGCUUUAAAAGCAGAAUGUGUAACAUUAAAAUACAUUUAUGUUCAAAUAAUUUGACUGAUGUGAAUUUUAAUACAUUAAACACAACUUUGAAUUCUUGGGACAUGAAAUUGUUUUGCAAUGCCAGUUUGAAAACAUCUAGACUUUUUAAAUUAAGUAGCAGAGACAAACAUUUACUGCUCUCUGAUGUUUUACUGUCAGUUGGUAUAAUGUUUAAAAAUGUAAAUUGAGUAUAUUCAUGAUCACAGAUUAAGUGUCAGAUGAUGUGUUUUUAUCUAGAUUUAUGCAGUGUGUUAACAUGAAUGUAUAGCUCGUAUGGGGGGGGGUGGUAAUACAAAGGAUACAUUUAAAAAUAAUAACAUUUGCUUUACUGCUGGUUGACUGGUGAUUUUGGCAGUGAUGUACAUUAAUAAAUGAUCAUACUUGAGUAUUCUUUAUCUGGUUAAAUUUAAAGAAAUGGGCAAUAAAUUCUCACUUUACAGCA